AUGUCGCAUACAGCCCAAAGAGCCGAAGGCAAGAACAGGAUCAUCCUAGGAACCAUGACGUUUGGUCCAGAUGAGUCCAAAGGUGCUCGUAUCACGUCUUUGGAUGAGUACAAGAAGCACUUGGACUACCUCCAAUCGCAAGGUUACAAUGAGAUUGAUACUGCCAGAGUAUAUAUCGGAGGUGCUCAAGAAGCUUGGACAGCCGAUGCAGGCUACAAGGAGAGAGGAUUGAAAAUUGCUAGUAAAUGGUAUCCUCAGGAACCCUUGGCACACAAAGCGGACAAGAUUAAGGAGACUGUCAACAAGAGUUUGUCGGAGCUUAGAACUGACAAGGUCGACAUCUAUUACCUGCAUGCAGCUGAUCGAACGGUCCCCUUCCAUGAGUCUCUCAGAGCAAUCAAUGAUCUUCACAAGGAAGGCAAAUUCGACACUUUUGCUAUCAGUAACUUUACAGCCGCUGAAGUUGCAGAGGUUUGCACGAUCUGCGAAUAUGAAGGUUUGGUAAAACCUACACUCUACCAAGGAAUGUAUAACGCCCUCUGUCGAGGGGCCGAACCUGAACUUCUUCCUGUCCUUCGUCGAUUCAAGAUCGACUGGGUAGUAUAUAAUCCCAUUGCCGGAGGACUUCUGAGUGGAAGGUACAAAAGCAGCGAGCCACCAAAAGACGGUCGAUUUGGAACUGAUUCCAAUGCAGGAGCUAUGUACAGGAAGCGAUAUUUCCGACCUGCCGCUUUCGAUGCACUUGAAUUAAUCGAAAACGCAAUCAAGCCUCACAACUUGACUAUGGUUGAAACCGCUUUGAGAUGGUGUGUACACCAUUCCGAGCUGAAACUCGCAGCUAAAGGUGGAAACGAUGGUAUCAUCAUAGGUGUAUCCGGCUUUUCUCAACUCGAAAACAACCUUGCAGAUCUCGAAAAAGGUCCUCUUCCUGAUGACGUGGUCAAAGCACUCGACGAAGCUUGGCUGCUUUGCAAAGCUUCAGCCGUUCCCUACUGGCACGGUGAGAACAAGUACACAUACGAAUUGACUCCAGAGUUGUACAGUCAGAAGCAGUAA